AUGACCCUCGAGUCAGGCAACGCAGACACGCUGCCUGCAACCUGGAAGAACGCCAGCGAGGCUGAACAAUUGCUCGGUUUCGUCAAUUGGGACGCCCUCAAAAAGUACGCCGUCAGAGUGAAAAUACGGCGUGACCAUACUGCGUCGGCAAUCACCUGCUCCCUAUCGCCUGCAUACGCCUUGGGUGGAUGCCAUGUCGUUCGACGCCUCGACUUUCAAGAUGGAACCCGCUGGGUAGCCCGGCUGCAGCAACAGAGCGGAAUCUCAGUCCAACGCUUGCUGACCGAGGUCCACACCGUUCAGUUGAUCCGGGAGCGAACCAGCGUACCGGUUCCAGAGAUCAUCGAUUACGAUGCCAGCUGCAGCAACGACAUCGGCAUUCCCCUCAUGCUCCUCGAGUACAUCCCGGCCGACACGGCCAUGGACUCCUUCGGGGGCUGGCACGCCCACGGGGGUAAGAUUCCCGCCCAGUUCAGAGCGCCGUUUUACGCCGCCAUGGCCCGGAACCAGGUUGACCUGAUGUCUGUCCGCUUCCCCAAAAUCGGCAGCAUCGUGCAGCGCCCCGACGGGAGCUAUUCCGUCGGCGCCAUUCCCGGGAUCGGGGGUCCGUUUGAGACAGCCGCCGAGUAUUUCCGGGCCUGGGCGCAAGCGCGGAAGUUCCCGUUCAAGGAGGACUUGAUUCGCGAAAGAACGCCGCCUCACCUUGUCGACGAAAUCAUCGCGUCCAUCUACGGCUUUCCGGGGAAAUUGUCCGACUUCACCAAACGCCACUCUUUCAAGAGCGGCCCUUUCCCCCUGAUCCACCCGGAUCUCUAUACAAGCAAUGUUCUGAUUGAUUCGCAAUGUAAUAUCCUCGGCGUCAUCGAUUGGGAGAAUUCGUUCGUCGGGCCGUGGGAGAUGGUAGAGUUCCCGAAAAACAUUACUCUCGUGCCGCCAGUGAUGGACGGUUCUUCCUAUCGCGAGGACGAAUCUGAGCGAGACUGUCGUUUGGAACAGAAGAGAUAUGUCGAAGUGGUCAAGGAGGCGGAGGGAGCGCGGCAGAUGGACGGCAAGCUCUCGGAUGCUCUCGGUGACGAGAAUAGCCAGAAUUUGGGCCAAGCGCUGUGGUUAUGGGCAGACGGCAGAAUUGGGUAUUACAGCCGCGUGCUCGAGCUGUUCGACUAG